UUUUUUUUUAUUCGUCACUGCUGCUUCGUGAGAGUAAUAUCCACCAUCUUUGGCCGCUCACUAUUCCUAUCAGACGACACCAUUUUUGAACUUCAAAAAAGAUUAAAACUUGAAACCCAGAUUGUGUUGGGUCAUUUUGAAAACUCACCAAGAAUCUGACUGAAUUGAAGCUACAAUUAUCGACCCAAAAUCCCCCUUUAACUGGAAUUCCAAAUAGUAAGCAUUUUCUUGAGUUAUUUUCCUGUCAUUUGGUAUAAAUUUCAGUAUGCUGUUUGUUGUUAGACACCAGUUUGUUCAUUCCUGGUCAAAAUCAACUCUUUUGUGUAUUAAAGAUUCUAGCUUUAGUAAAAUUACUUGCUUGAACACUUUAUAUGUAUACCCUUUUAGGUAUAGUUUUAGAAAUUUGUAUUCUUGGACUCAAAUGUACUGCCCAUCAAAUUCUAGACUACUUUUCUCUCAGACCCAAUUUGGUGUCUCAGCUAUAAAACCAUCCCUAUAUGUGUUUCUGCAACAAUUGUUACCUGUUAGUUUCUAUUCUUCAAGUGCACCUGGAUGGCUAAGAGGACCACCAUCAAGAUCUUUAAGGAAAAGGAUGAAUAGAAGAGCAAGAAUUGCAGCAAUGCCUGUUCUUGAUGAAUCCCAGUUUCAAAAUGCUGUGUCUCAGCUUCCACCUAGAUUUACCCCUGAAGAACUGAGGGAUGUCAUGGUUUUGCAAAGAGAUCCUUUAGUGUGUUUGGAGUUGUUCAAUUGGGCGUCGAAACAGCACAGGUUCAGGCAUAAUGUUUCGACGUACCAUGUUGCAGUACAGAGGCUUGGUGAAGCGAAUAUGUAUAAAGAAAUGGAUGAUAUUGUUAAUCAAGUGCUUGCCAUACCAUCGAUUGGAACUGAGGAACUUUUCAAUUCGAUGAUUUAUUAUUUCACUGAAGCUAGGAAGUUGACAAGAGCUGUGAUGAUAUAUAAGCAUAUGUUAAACAUUAGGAAAUUUGAUUGUAGGCCGUCGAUUAAAACUUAUAAUAUUCUUUUCGCGGCGCUUCUUAGUAGGAGGAAUAAUUCAUAUAUAAAUCACAUGUACAUGGACGCUAUAAGGUCUCUGUUCAAGCAAAUGGUUGACAAUGGGAUUGAACCAGAUAUAAUUUCCUUGAAUACUUUGAUAAAAGGAUAUGUGCUUUCGCUUCAUGUAAAUGAUGCCCUUAGGAUAUUUCACCAAAUGGGUGUGGUUUACCAGUGCGAGCCUAACUCAUUUUCAUAUGAUUAUCUGAUCCACGGGUUAUGUGCACAAGGAAGAACAAAGAACGCUAAGGAAAUUUAUGAUAAAAUGAAAUGCAAAAGAUUGAUACCUAGUACUAAAUCAUACAACUCGCUCGUGAACUCUUUGUCUCUUGGAGGAGAGGUUGAUGAGGCUGUGAAAUUCUUGUGGGAGAUGAAUGAAAAUCGAAGAACAAUUGACUUCAUCACCUUCAGAACAGUAAUUGAUGAAGUCUGCCGGCAAAAGAGUAUGCAAGACGCCAUAGACUUGUUGAAGGAGUUACAGGAUAAGGGCCUUGUUGAUAGUCUUACCCAUAGCAAACUUCUGCAUGAACUUGAAGAUGACAUUGAUAAUCUAUAUGUCAGAAAUCAUUAAAGCUAAGCUAGGAAAAUAAUCCGACAUGGUGGCUUUGGGGGGAAAACAGUUUCUAUUGACUGGAGCUGAACCUAUGGAGUGCUUGGCUUGAGAAAUUGGCAGCUAAAAGGAGUGCAUCGAUGACAACUAGUGCUAAUUCACAAUCAUUACGCUGCAUGAAGUCUAGUUUGUCUAGGGGUGGUUAGCAAGAACUCAUUUUUCGUGGAGAAAUGAGAGAGCUGUCGGAACACAAGAAAAUAUUCUUCAUGGAAGAUGUAUUUGCAUCUAAUAUGGAAUGAGGAGCAAGAGUCAAGAGACGAGAUGAAUCACUUCAAAAUAUUUCUUCGUAUGAAAUAGCAGCCCGGUGCAUUAAACUCCCUCUAGUGUGGGAAGACGAAUGAAGAGGCCUCGAUUUGAACUCGUGAGUCGUGACAGCUAGUACAAGAGACGAGGUGCCUGACCAAAUGAACUGUGUAGCUCUUCUUAUGAGAUACAUUGUGUAGUUGUUUUCCUUCUACUAAAGCUAUACACAGCUAACUUAUUAGCUUUGCUUGGAAAGUAUACUUUCUUUUAUGGAAAAAUGACUUUUGUCAAUAUCAAAUACAUCCUUAAAGUUUGAACUUUA